UGUAUAAAAUUAGCCCUAAUUGCUUCAAACAAAAACCCUAGUCCAUUUCCCCUUUUCAUUCCUUCUUUGCGGCAGCCAUUACAGAGAGAGAAAGAGAAGAAAAAUGCCGGCAGGUCACGGAUUGAGAGCUAGAACUAGGGAUCUCUUCGCUAGGGGAUUCAGGAAGAAGGGUACUAUCCCAAUCUCCACUUAUCUCAGAACUUUUCACAUUGGACAGUAUGUGGACAUUAAGGUAAACGGCGCCAUUCACAAGGGUAUGCCACACAAAUUUUACCAUGGUCGUACUGGCCGUGUCUGGAAUGUCACUAAGCGUGCCAUCGGUGUUGAGGUCAACAAGCAGGUUGGCAACAGAAUCAUUGCAAAGAGACUUCAUGUCCGCAUCGAGCACGUUCAAUCUUCUAGAUGCCAAGAGGAUUUCAAGCAAAGGGUAAAGAAGAACGAUGAGCUUAAGGCUGCUGCAAAGGCCAGAGGUGAAGUAAUCAGCACCAAGAGGCAACCCAAGGGUCCUAAGCCAGGGUUCUUGGUCGAGGGUGCCACCAUUGAGACUGUUACACCAAUUCCCUAUGAUGUUACUAAUGAUCUUAAGGGAGGAUAUUAGAAGGUCUUGCCUAUUGUGUUCUUGCUUGUUAUCAAAUGUUUUGGUUGUGGUUGUUAAGUUUUGAAGACUGAACCUAUUUUUGUCUUUGCUUAGAAAGAUGGAUGACUCAAUGGUAAUGGCAUUAGAUACUGCUUCAGUACACCAUCUCAAAGUGACUAGGUUUAUUUUGUUUUUAACGAUUGAAAGUUUAUAUUAUAUGCUUGAUAUGAAAUGUCAUGUAGAUUGAAGAGGCGAUUUGGAAC